UGUGGAUGAGAGAGGCCGUCUGGGGGUGAUCCCCUGGGAUGAACAGAGACACAGAGAGAUGGACUGGUGUGAAGAGGACCAGUGCAGGUAGGACACAUGCAUCACUAUGACAUCACUGUGGCCUUGGCCAAUGACCAGAAAGUCAGAGUGAUAUUAUUAAUCUAUCCAUCAAUCAGAAGUACCCACAACUCUGUUAUUAUUUCUGUUCCUCCUCUCCCAGGAUGGUAUUGGAUCAAAAUCUCCCAGACAAUGCCCACUUCCUGUAUGAGGAUGCUCCUGAUUGGCUGCGGUUCCGUACGGCCACGCCCCCUAUGGACCUGCUGACUGACUGGUACCUGAGUCGUGCCCAGGACAUAGACUCCUGCUCUAGACAGGUACUAUUCCGCCGUGCUUGGGGGAAGGGUUUUACUGUCACACACACUGCCUGCAAUAAGAACCAGGGGAAAUGAAUUACUGUCGCACACGUCCUCUGGACCCCUCAUCCUAGUGUAGUGCAACAUAUCAGUGCCUUUGAGGCUGUCUGUCUUGUGGGUUGUUGUACCAGUCCUGUCUGACAGCUGUUUAGUGUUGUACCAGUCCUGUCUGAUAGCUGUGUAGUGUUGUACUAGUCCUGUCUGAUAGCUGUGUAGUGUUGUACCAGUCCUGUCUGACAGCUGUGUAGUGUUGUACUAGUCCUGUCUGAUAGCUGUGUAGUGUUGUACCAGUCCUGUCUGAUAGCUGUGUAGUGUUGUACCAGUCCUGUCUGACAGCUGUUUAGUGUUGUACCAGUCCUGUCUGACAGCUGUGUAGUGUUGUACCAGUCCUGUCUGACAGCUGUGUAGUGUUGUACCAGUCCUGUCUGACAGCUGUGUAGUGUUGUACCAGUCCUGUCUGACAGCUGUGUAGUGUUGUACCAGUCCUGUCUGACAGCUGUGUAGUGUUGUACCAGACCUGUCUGAUAGCUGUGUAGUGUUGUACCAGUCCUGUCUGACAGCUGUGUAGUGUUGAACCAGUCCUGUCUGAUAGCUGUGUAGUGUUGUACCAGUCCUGUCUGAUAGCUGUGUAGUGUUGUACCAGUCCUGUCUGAUAGCUGUGUAGUGUUUUACCAGUCCUGUCUGACAGCUGUGUAGUGUUGUACCAGUCCUGUCUGACAGCUGUGUAGUGUUGUACCAGUCCUGUCUGACAGCUGUGUAGUGUUGUACCAGUCCUGUCUGACAGCUGUGUAGUGUUGUACCAGUCCUGUCUGAUAGCUGUGUAGUGUUGUACCAGUCCUGUCUGAUAGCUGUGUAGUAUUGUACCAGUCCUGUCUGAUAGCUGUGUAGUGUUGUACCAGUCCUGUCUGACAGCUGUGUAGUGUUGUACCAGUCCUGUCUGACAGCUGUGUAGUGUUGUACCAGUCCUGUCUGACAGCUGUGUAGUGUUGUACCAGUCCUGUCUGACAGCUGUGUAGUGUUUUACCAGUCCUGUCUGAUAGCUGUGUAGUGUUGUACCAGUCCUGUCUGAUAGCUGUGUAGUGUUUUACCAGUCCUGUCUGAUAGCUGUGUAGUGUUGUACCAGUCCUGUCUGAUAGCUGUGUAGUGUUGUACCAGACCUGUCUGACAGCUGUGUAGUGUUGUACCAGUCCUGUCUGAUAGCUGUGUAGUGUUGUACCAGUCCUGUCUGACAGCUGUGUAGUGUUGUACCAGACCUGUCUGAUAGCUGUGUAGUGUUGUACCAGUCCUGUCUGAUAGCUGUGUAGUGUUGUACCAGUCCUGUCUGAUAGCUGUGUAGUGUUGUACCAGUCCUGUCUGACAGCUGUGUAGUGUUGUACCAGUCCUGUCUGACAGCUGUGUAGUGUGUUGUACCAGUCCUGUCUGAUAGCUGUGUAGUGUUGUACCAGUCCUGUCUGAUAGCUGUGUAGUGUAGUGUUGUACCAGUCCUGUCUGAUAGCUGUGUAGUGUUGUACCAGUCCUGUCUGAUAGCUGUGUAGUGUUGUACCAGUCCUGUCUGAUAGCUGUAUAGUGUUGUACCAGUCCUGUCUGAUAGCUGUGUCGUGUUUUACCAGUCCUGUCUGACAGCUGUGUAGUGUUGUACCAGUCCUGUCUGAUAGCUGUGUAGUGUUGUACCAGUCCUGUCUGAUAGCUGUGUAGUGUUGUACCAGUCCUGUCUGACAGCUGUGUAGUGUUGUACCAGUCCUGUCUGACAGCUGUGUAGUGUGUUGUACCAGUCCUGUCUGAUAGCUGUGUAGUGUUGUACCAGUCCUGUCUGAUAGCUGUGUAGUGUAGUGUUGUACCAGUCCUGUCUGAUAGCUGUGUAGUGUUGUACCAGUCCUGUCUGACAGCUGUGUAGUGUUGUACCAGUCCUGUCUGAUAGCUGUAUAGUGUUGUACCAGUCCUGUCUGAUAGCUGUGUCGUGUUUUACCAGUCCUGUCUGACAGCUGUGUAGUGUUGUACCAGUCCUGUCUGAUAGCUGUGUAGUGUUGUACCAGUCCUGUCUGAUAGCUGUGUAGUAUUGUACCAGUCCUGUCUGAUAGCUGUGUAGUGUUGUACCAGUCCUGUCUGACAGCUGUGUAGUGUUGUACCAGUCCUGUCUGACAGCUGUGUAGUGUUGUACCAGUCCUGUCUGACAGCUGUGUAGUGUUGUACCAGUCCUGUCUGACAGCUGUGUAGUGUUUUACCAGUCCUGUCUGAUAGCUGUGUAGUGUUGUACCAGUCCUGUCUGAUAGCUGUGUAGUGUUUUACCAGUCCUGUCUGAUAGCUGUGUAGUGUUGUACCAGUCCUGUCUGAUAGCUGUGUAGUGUUGUACCAGACCUGUCUGACAGCUGUGUAGUGUUGUACCAGUCCUGUCUGAUAGCUGUGUAGUGUUGUACCAGUCCUGUCUGACAGCUGUGUAGUGUUGUACCAGACCUGUCUGAUAGCUGUGUAGUGUUGUACCAGUCCUGUCUGAUAGCUGUGUAGUGUUAUACCAGUCCUGUCUGAUAGCUGUGUAGUGUAGUGUUGUACCAGUCCUGUCUGAUAGCUGUGUAGUGUUGUACCAGUCCUGUCUGAUAGCUGUGUAGUGUUGUACCAGUCCUGUCUGAUAGCUGUGUAGUGUUGUACCAGUCCUGUCUGACAGCUGUGUAGUGUUGUACCAGUCAUAGCUGUGUAGUGUUGUACCAGUCCUGUCUGAUAGCUGUGUAGUGUUGUACCAGUCCUGUCUGAUAGCUGUGUAGUGUUGUACCAGUCCUGUCUGAUAGCUGUGUAGUGUUGUACCAGUCCUGUCUGAUAGCUGUGUAGUGUUGUACCAGUCCUGUCUGAUAGCUGUGUAGUGUUGUAACCAGUCCUGUCUGAUAGCUGUGUAGUGUUGUACCAGUCCUGUCUGAUAGCUGUGUAGUGUUGUACCAGUCCUGUCUGAUAGCUGUGUAGUGUUGUACCAGUCCUGUCUGAUAGCUGUGUAGUGUUGUACCAGUCCUGUCUGAUAGCUGUGUAGUGUAGUACCAGUCCUGUCUGAUAGCUGUGUAGUGUUGUACCAGUCCUGUCUGAUAGCUGUGUAGUGUUGAACCAGUCCUGUCUGACAGCUGUGUAGUGUUGUACCAGUCCUGUCUGAUAGCUGUGUAGUGUUGAACUUCUCUCCUCUCUCUCUUUAGUAUCAGACUGUGGUGGCCUCUCUUUAUCCACAACAUAAAGGAUGCCUCCCAAAUGGAACCCUUUUUCCUUCCUAGUGCACUACUUUUGACCAGGGGAUGCAUAGAAAGUGUUCUGCCUCUCCUCUAGAGUGAUGGAUCUAGUCCUCUGAAGGAGGAGAGCAGAGGGGGAUGCACUCUCCUCUCCUCUUGACAACUCUAUCGCUUUAUUUCUUCCAGAUGGAGGAGAGAGUCUGAGAGGAGGAAGAUGUGGCUAGUAUCCUGUCUACCUUUUCCUCCUCUCUCUGCUUCCUCUCCUCCUCUCUCUGCUUCCUCUCCUCCUCCUCCUCUCUCUGCUUCCUCUCCUCCUCCAGCCCUCCUUUCUCUGAGUGGAGGGGGAUCGCAAUGUGAUUCCUGAUAAAAUCAGUUUCUUUGUUCUUCUGCCGAGCAAUGAGCUCUCUCCCUCAUCCUGUUUUAAUUGGUGGGCGUCUCUCUCUUCAUGCAUUACUACGGUACCCCCACCCCCUACCUCCCUACCCCCUCCACACCUCCCUACCCCCCCCUCCACCCUUCCCUACCCACACCCCCUCCACACCUUCCCUACCCCCCCCCUCCACACCUCCCUACCUCCCCCUCCACACCUCCUACCUUCCACCCUCCACAUCUCCCUACCUCCCCCCUCCACUCCACACCCGCCCUACCUCCCCCGUCCACACCCCCUACCUCCCUAACCUCCCCCCUCCACACUCCCCCUACUCCCACCUCCACCUUCCCACAUCUCCCACCUCCCCCCCUACCUCCCCCCUCCACCCACACUCCUAAACCUCUCCCCCUCCACACCUCCCUACCUCCUACCUCCCCCCGCCACACCUCCCUACCUACCUCCCUACCUCCUCCACCCCCCACCCAACUCCCUAAAACCCCUAACCAAAAUCCCUUCCCACCCCCUCAAACCUCCCGACCCCCCCCUCCACGCCACAAAGACCAUGCCCCCCCCCCACUCCCAAAAACCUCCUACCCCCCAACCUCCCCCCCCCCCCUCCACCUCCUACCUCCACCCUCCACACCCACCCCCUCCACUCCACAAAAACCCCCCUAACACCACCUCCCCCCUCCAAAACCUCCCCACCUCCUUCCCCUCCCACCACCUCCCUACCCCCUCCACACCUCCCUUCCACACCCCCUCCAAAACCUCCUACCUCCCCCCUCCACACCUCCCUACCAACCCCCCUCCACAACCUCCCUCCCUACCUCCCCCCCUCCAACAUCCUCCCUACCUUCCCCCCUCCACACCCCCCUCCUCCCCUCCAACCCCCCCUCCACACCUCCCUCCUCCCCCCUCCACUCCCCCCUCCCUCCCCUCCCUACCCCUCCCCCAAACCCCUCCCUACCCCCCUCCUCCACACCUCCCUACCUCCCCCUUCCCUACCUCCCUCCUCCACACCUCCCUACCUCCCCACCCUCCCUACCCCCUCCUCCACAACCCCCCUACCCCCCUCCACACCCCCCUACCUCCCCCUUCCCUACCUCCCCCCCUCCCUACCUCCCCUUUGAGCAACUUAAUGGCCAUGCAGGUGUUCUGUUCUCUGAUUGGAUGUCCUGUCUGUCCGUCAGGUGGACUGUGCACUGUCAUUGGUGCGUCUGGGGAAGGAGCGGGAUAUCCCGGGGUUGGAGCGGCUGUGUGAUGACCUGGUAACCUUGGAGACGUUGGUGUACGAAACGGCGUGCGAGCUCAGCCUGACACUAAGGGACUUGCAGCAUCUCAGUGACAUCGACAAGCUCCGCCUCCUCAUGAAGAACGUACGUACAUGCCGUGUGUGUGUGUGUGUGUGUGUGUGUGUGUGUGUGUGUGUGUGUGUGUGUGUGUGUGUGUGUGUGUGUGUGAUUGUACCUCUGUGUACCAAGUCUUUGAGUAGGAGUCUUCUAGAUGGCUUUCAUCUCCCCAACUCCUGACACCCAAAUCCACCUCUAGCCCCUAGACACUUCCAUCCUUCCCCAGUCCUCUCAGAUCUACACAAGAGCAUGUAGUGCACUACUUCUGACCAGGGCCCAUAGGCCCAUAGAGCUCUGGUCUAAAGUAGUGCACUAUUAAGGGAAUAGGGAGCUAUUUGUGACUCAGCCACUGACUACCUGUGCUGUGCAUCUGUCUUUGCCUUCCCCCUUCCAGUCCAGUGCAGAGCGCUAUGUUAAAGAUGUGUUCCAGUGGAUGGUUCCCUUCCUGCAUCGCUGUGAGAAACAGAGCUGUGGCGCUAGUGAGGCCCUGCUGAGAGAACACCUGGUGACCCUCUCUCUGCAAGACCUCUCUCUACCUCUGGCCGUCUUCCAGCACUCCAAACCUGACGUUAGUGUACACACACAACACUCAGAGACCUGUCGUCCAUAGCAGUACCCUAGAGGGUUAUGGUUAGUGCCCUAGAGUGUUAUGGUUAGUACCCUAGAGGGUUAUGGUUAGUACCCUAGAGGGUUAUGGUUAGUGCCCUAGAGGGUUAUGGUUAGUGCCCUAGAGGGUUAUGGUUAGUACCCUAGAGGGUUAUGGUUAGUGCCCUAGAGGGUUAUGGUUAGUGCCCUAGAGGGUUAUGGUUAGUGCCCUAGAGGGUUAUGGUUAGUGCCCUAGAGGGUUAUGGUUAGUGCCCUAGAGGGUUAUGGUUAGUGCCCUAGAGGGUUAUGGUUAGUGCCCUAGAGGGUUAUGGUUAGUGCCCUAGAGGGUUAUGGUUAGUACCCUAGAGGGUUAUGGUUAGUACCCUAGAGGGCAGGGGUAUUCAACCGGUCGGCCGCGGAGGUAAAUAAUAUAUAUAUAUGUACACUACCGGUCAAAAGUUUAGAACACCUACUCAUUCCAGUGUUUUUCACUAUUUUCUACAUUGUAGAAUAAUAGUGAAGACAUCAAAACUAUGAAAUAACACAUAUGGAAUCAUGUAGUAACCAAAAAAGUGUUAAACAAGUCAAGAUAUAUUUUAUAUUUGAGAUUUUUCAAAGUAGCCACCCUUUGCCUUGAUGACAGCUUUGCACACGUCUUACUUAUCAAAACAGAGCUAGAAUCAUUACAAAGAAAUGGCUGAUGAUGAUGAUGAUGGUGUGUGGUCCUGUCAGAGCCAGCAAAAGGUGCUUGGGGACCCAGACCAGUUGAUGACUGUAGCGUUGGAGUGUAUCUACGGCUGUGAGAGAGAUGAUCAGCUCGCCCUCUGUUACGACAUCCUGGAAUGUCUUCCUCAGAGGGGCUACGGGUGAGACACAAACUCCGCCUCCUUCUCAUCAAGAGAGAGAGAGAGGAGAGAGAGAGAUAGAGAGAAGAGGAGAGGAGAGAGAGAGAGAGAGAGAGAGAGAGAGAGAGAGAGAGAGAGAGAUGGGGGAGAGAGUGUAUAGUGCACUGUUUGCCCAGAGCCUAUAGGAACGUACCCUAAGUCUCUGUCUGUUUUCCUUUAGACCUGAGACGCACAUCACCGCAUCUCUCCACGAUCAGGUGGACAAACUGGAAAAACACCUCAGGUAACACACACACACACCUCAGGUAACACUAACACACCUGUGAACCUAUUGCCUGACGGUAAAAACUAUGGCAAACCAGUAUUUCUUGGUUAGAGUCAGUAUUAAUUUAUAUUUCUGAAUUUGUUCAAAUGUGGUUUAUGGUUAGUUUUAGAUUUAGAUUUCUGAAUUGGUUAAAAUGUGGUUUAUGGUUAGAGUCUGUGUUAGAUUUUGGCUAGUCGGGCUGAAAUGAAUAAAGAAAAAGAUGGUUAACAUUAAUGAACAGGAUUUACAUGAACCUUACAAGCAGCAUGUUGCUUUAUGCCUGGUUGGUCUGUUCUAUCUGCACUAUUUCUAGGCUUCCCGUUCUUAAGUUUCGUUUGUUACGUCUUACUUUUGGUUUUGUACACCAGCUUCAAACAGAUGACAAUAAAAUCAUUUUGAUUAUGGAAAAUGUAUUUCUCAGCGGUUUAGAUGGUCCAAUGACUACACAAUGACUACUUGUUUAGUCACGUAUUGUAAACUGUAUUCCUGGUUCUGCAUCAGUCAAUGGGAUGUGAGGGUUCAAGCCCUGGUUGGGUUUCCAGAAUAGGUUUUGCUUUCACCAGAGCUGAAUAUAGUGGUUUCAGGGUGGGCUGGCUUGUUUACAACGAGCAACUAGUGCUGUGUUGUCCUCCCUAUAACUGUCACUGUGGUCCUGGGGCUUGGACCCGCUACUCACACAGGUUCCUCCCUAUACCUGUCACUGUGGUCCUGGGGCUUGGACCCGCUCCUCACACAGGUUCCUCCCUAUACCUGUCACUGUGGUCCUGGGGCUUGGACCCGCUACUCACACAGGUCCAGGAUUUCUUUCAGUCAGGGCUUGACACAUGCUGUAAGAUCAGAGUAUGAAACGCUCCAGGAUCCAGAUACGUGAAAGCACCCUGAGUAAUCCCCCCCCCCCCCACACACACACACACACACACAUACACAUACGCACGCACGCACGCACACACACACACACACUCUCACACGCACACACACACACUCUCACACACACACACACACACACUCACACGCACACGCACGCACACGCACACACACACACACACACACACACCCACCCAGGGAUGAAAGGGGUGUAAAUGUGUGUGUGCUCCUGAAUAAACCUUGUUAUCCUGCCGCCGCUCCGCUCUCUGUCGUAUAAAUCCUACGCCGUCUCUCACACAGCACCUGUUUACUAUGGUAAUGAGGUCUGGCAGAGAGAGAACAUCUGUAGAGGUGUGACCCUGAUGAGACUGCUGCUAUGUUAAUCCUCCCUCCUUAUCUCCCCCCCUCCCUCCCUCCCUCCUCCCUCCCCCAUUCCGAACCCUCCCCUCCCCCCUUCCCCUCCCUCCCUCCUCCUCACCCAUCCCCCCCAUUCCCUACCCCUCCUCCCCCCCCCUCCCUGCCCUCCCUCCCUCCUCCCUCCCUCCCUCCCUCCCAUCCCUCCCUCCCUCCCUCCCUCCCUCCCUCCCUCCCUCCCUCCCUCCCUCCCCUCCCUCCCUCCCUCCCUCCCUCCCUCCCUCCCUCCCUCCCUCCCUCCCCUCCCUCCCUCCCCUCCCUCCCUCCCUCCCUCCCUCCCCAUCCCUCCCCUCCCUCCCUCCUCCCUCCCCUCCCUCCCUCCCUCCCUCCCCUCCCCUCCCUCCCUCCCUCCCCCCUCCUCCCUCCCUCCCCUCCCUCCCUCCCUCCCUCCCUCCCUCCCUCCCUCCCCCGCCCUCCCUCCCUCCCCUCCCUCCCUCCCUCCCUCCCUCCCCUCCCUCCCUCCCUCCCCUCCCUCCCCUCCCUCCCUCCCUCCCUCCCCCAUCCCUCCUCUCCCUCCCUCCCUCCCUCCUCCCUCCCUCCCUCCCUCCCUCCCUCCCUCCCUCCCUCCUCCCUCCCCCAUCCCUCCCUCCUCCCUCCCUCCCUCCCUCCCCCCUCCCCUCCUCCCUCUCUCCCCCUCCCCCUUCCCUCCCCCCAGUGUAGUGGAGGUGUUGGAGAAGCAUGGUCUUCAGAAGCCUAUAUCCUAUGUGAGGAGCAGCCAGACCUGUACAGAAGAAGCACAUGCUCUCAUGGUGAAACUCUGCAGACACACCGGGCGUAGGUAGGACACACACAAACAUACCGUUGGUCCUUUUCCUUAGCAGUCAUGAUUUCACUGUAUGUGUCUGUCUGAUUGAUCUAUUGAUUGGUUGAUUGAUUGAUUGAUCUAUUGAUUGAUGAACUGAUUGAUUAACGUAUUGCUCCAGGACCUCCCUGUCAGGGAAGUCUGUGUGGAGAGGUCUACUACAGAUGAAGAUAUUGACUGAUUGGUUAAGUAAUUGAUUAUAUUGAUAUUUGUGUCCAGGACCCCCCCUGUCAGUGAGUCUGUGUGGAGAAGUCUCCUACAGGACCUGCUGGACAUGCAACACAACGUAUACACCUGUCUCCAACCUGACACCUGUCACCAGGUAACACACACACCUGUCUCCAACCUGACACCUGUCACCAGGUAACACACACACGCACACCUGUCUCCUACCUGACACCUGUCACCAGGUAACACACACAUGCACACCUGUCUCCAACCAGACACCUGUCACCAGGUAACACACACACCUGUCUCCUACCUGACACCUGUCACCAGGUAACACACACACCUGUCUCCAACCAGACACCUGUCACCAGGUAACACACACACCUGUCUCCAACCUGACACCUGUCACCAGGUAACACACACACCUGUCUCCUACCUGACACCUGUCACCAGGUAACACACACACCUGUCUCCAACCUGACACCUGUCACCAGGUAACACACACACCUGUCUCCUACCUGACACCUGUCACCAGGUAACACACACACCUGUCUCCAACCAGACACCUGUCACCAGGUAACACACACACCUGUCUCCAACCAGACACCUGUCACCAGGUAACACACACAUGCACACCUGUCUCCUACCUGACACCUGUCACCAGGUAACACACACACCUGUCUCCAACCAGACACCUGUCACCAGGUAACACACACACCUGUCUCCAACCAGACACCUGUCACCAGGUAACACACACACCUGUCUCCAACCAGACACCUGUCACCAGGUAACACACACAUGCACACCUGUCUCCUACCAGACACCUGUCACCAGUUAACACACACACCUGUCUCCAACCUGACACCUGUCACCAGGUAACACGCACACCUGUCUCCAACCAGACACCUGUCACCAGGUAACACACACAUGCACACUAUUAACUAUUACAGCAAUAGGAAAUUCCUUCUUGGGCCGAGGGUGAUUUUAAGUCUAAGGCAGGGAUACUUCAUCAUGAGACCAUGAGUCCAAUUGACCUCUUGGACCGAGGGUGAAGACAGGGAUACUUCAUCAUGAGACCAUGAGUCCAAUUGACCUCUUGGACCGAGGGUGAAGACAGGGAUACUUCAUCAUGAGACCAUGAGUCCAAUUGACCUCUUGGACCGAGGGUGAAGACAGGGAUACUUCAUCAUGAGACCAUGAGUCCAAUUGACCUCUUGGACCGAGGGUGAAGACAGGGAUACUUCAUCAUGAGACCAUGAGUCCAAUUGACCUCUUGGACCGAGGGUGAAGACAGGGAUACUUCAUCAUGAGUACAACUCUCCACCACUACAUCUAUUAAACCACCACUAUGUUAUUAAACCACCACUACAUCUAUUAAACCACCACUACAUCUAUUAAACCACCACUACAUCUAUUAAACCACCACUACAUCUAUUAAACCACCACUACAUCUAUUAAACCACCACUACAUCUAUUAAACCACCACUACAUCUAUUAAACCACCACUACGUCUAUUAAACCACCACUACGUCUAUUAAACCACCUCUACAUCUAUUAAACCACCACUACAUCUAUUAAACCACCACUACAUCUAUUAAACCACCACUACAUCUAUUAAACCACCUCUACAUCUAUUAAACCACCACUACAUCUAUUAAACCACCACUACAUCUAUUAAACCACCACUACAUCUAUUAAACCACCACUACAUCUAUUAAACCACCACUACAUCUAUUAAACCACCACUACAUCUAUUAAACCACCACUACGUUUAUUAAGACCUAGACAACCAGGUGAGGGGAGUUCCUUACUAAGACCUAGACAACCAGGUGAGGAUAGUUCCUUACUAAGACCUAGACAACCAGGUGAGGGGAGUUCCUUACUAAGACCUAGACAACCAGGUGAGGGGAGUUCCUUACUAAGACCUAGACAACCAGUGAGGGGAGUUCCUUACUAAGACCUAGACAACCAGGUGAGGGAGUUCCUUACUAAGACCUAGACAACCAGGUGUGGGGAGUUCCUUACUAAGACCUAGACAACCAGGUGAGGGGAGUUCCUUACUAAGACCUAGACAACCAGGUGAGGGGAGUUCCUUACUAAGACCUAGACAACCAGGUGAGGGGAGUUUCCUUACUAAGACUUGGACAACCGGUGAGGGGAGUUCCUUACUAAGACCUAGACAACCAGGUGAGGGGAGUUCCUUACUAAGACCUAGACACCAGGUGAGGGGAGUUUCCUUACUAAGACCUAGACAACCAGGUGAGGGAGUUCCUUACUAAGACCUAGACAACCAGGUGAGGGGAGUUCCUUACUAAGACCCUAGACAAACCAGGUGAGGGAGUUUCCUCACUAAGCCCUAGACAACCAGGUGAGGGGAGUUCCUUACUAAGACCUAGACAACCAGGUGAGGGGAGUUCCUUACUAAUAUAUUUCCCUGUCUCCCCUCCCUGCCAGAUAUUCGUGGAGUCGUUGCUGUGUAGUAGCCGUGUGGAGAACAUAGUGCUGGCCGGUCAGCUGAUGCACUGUUCAGCGGUCAGCCAGGAUGUGGUUCCGGUCAGUGUGUCAUUCCGAGACCGGGGUCGCGGCGGGGUCAGCACUAGGGUCAAGUACCACACAGCUGUGGAGCUGGUCCUGGCCGCUGCCAGGGAAUACUUCAACUCCUCCACCACCCUCACCGACCCCUGUAUGGACCUGGCA